AUGACGGAGGCGCUGCAGACGGAUGGUUUUCAGGGUGAGAUCAGUUUAAAGGAGAAGGUGGUGUUUUUGAAGGAGAAGGUGGUGUUUUUGAAGGAGAAGGUGGUGUUUUUAAAGGAGAAGGUGGUGUUUUUAAAGGAGAAGGUGGUGUUUUUAAAGGAGGAGGUGGUGUUUUUAAAGGAGAAGGUGGUGUUUUUAAAGGAGAAGGUGGUGUUUUUAAAGGAGGAGGUGGUGUUUUUAAAGGAGGAGGUGGUGUUUUUAAAGGAGAAGGUGGUGUUUUUAAAGGAGGAGGUGGAGGAGGUGGUGUUUUUAAAGGAGAAGGUGGUGUUUUUAAAGGAGGAGGUGGUGUUUUUAAAGGAGGAGGUGGUGUUUUUAAAGGAGGAGGUGGUGUUUUUUAAAGGAGGAGGUGGUGUUUUUAAAGGAGGAGGUGGUGUUUUUAAAGGAGGAGGUGGUGUUUUUAAAGGAGGAGGUGGUGUUUUUAAAGGAGAAGUUGCAGAAGAUGACCGGUCGCUGAGGAGGAGGGCUGUUGGCGCCGGAGCAUACGGGAGACUGAGUGCACACAGAGACAGGGGGGGGCGGGGGGGGUACACACAGAGACAGGGGGGGGCGGGGUACACACAGAGACAGGGGGGGGCGGGGUACACACAGAGACAGGGGGGGGCGGGGUACACACAGAGACAGGGGGGGGCGGGGUACACACAGAGACAGGGGGGGCGGGGGUACACACAGAGACAGGGGGGGGGGGGGGGGUACACACAGAGACAGGGGGGGGGCGGGGUACACACAGAGACGGGGGGGGGGGGGGGCGGGUACACACAGAGACAGGGGGGGGGGAAAUUGACUCAGAGGUUCUGGAUGACGAGCCAAUUGGACGCUAGAACUGUUUCUUAA